AUGAGUGACAAGGCAGACGGCGAUGACACUGGUGUCAAGCAAGUCAGCGCUUUGCAUCACGCCAUCUACGGCCAGCCGGGCGGCGAUGCGCCCCAGGACCCGGUGGGAGUGAUGGACUGGGACGUCAAGCCGUUCGAGAAUCCUACCUCGGCACCAUGGGAUGUGCCGUUAUCGAGAAGAGUGCUAAACCGCCUUCUCCUGGGGUUCAUGCCUCAGGAUAUGGAUGACAAGUGGUUCAUCUACACGACAUUCCCUGUAACUCCGUUGGCACAGGGGGCUGAUCUCAAGCCUGACGAGAAGAUGGGCGUUGUGCACAUGAUCCGGAGCUGGACAGGGAUGAGCUGCAUUGAUGUGGUGUUCCAAGUCAACACCAUGUUCACGGCUGGAAACAGCCUCGAUGACGCCGUUGGGAGAAUUACAGGACUGGUCUUCGAGAAGCCAAAGGAGGGUGAUCUCAACGAUGAGCUUGACUGGGUCAAGAAGACGGCUAGUGGGGUUUGCAGAUAUGUGCUCGGCGUCAAGCUAGCUGGGAUACAUGACGACGAAGAAGACGAAGAGAAAUAG